GCAUAACUCCGAAAUAAUUAACACUUUCAACUUACUCACAGCAAAACACGGACAUGAUGAACAACGGUGAUGAUGAUGAUGAUGUACUUCCUUCAGCCGAGUCACGCAGUGUGAUGUCAGUGGAAUUCCCGCAUUUAGGGUUAUAAAUCUCAACAUGGUUGUGGAUCAGAAAGAGCGUCUUCCCCGUAAAGCCCGCGGACCCCGCAAGAAAGAGCGGCACCAUGAUCUCCUGCUCCUUGUCGCUGCUGUGCUGCUGCGCGUUCGCCGCCCUGCUCGCGGCUCCAGUGCACGAGUUCUCCGGAGAAGCGGGGCUCUUCAUGGAGGAUCCCGAGCUCCGGCUCGCGCUCAAGCUCGGCCAGGCUGUGGCCAUGAAGGUGAUAGACGACAUCCCCGCGGCGCACAAGGCCACCGUCAGCUCCCAGACCCUGAGUCUUAACUCACCCCUUGAGAGAAAGUUGGAGUAUAUGGUGACCUUACUGAAGAUCCCAGCUCCCCCAGUCCUCCAGGCCAUUGGAGCUGACUUCACACUGGAAACAUGUCUGAACAACAUGUCUGAGGGGCUCCAGAUGUACCAGGACCUUCUUGCAGUGAUCAGCGGCCGUGUGGAGACCCCAGAGAAUCUGGCUGAGAUGCAAGCUGACCUAAAGGAACUGUUGGGCCGGGUCCAUAAGAUACGUAAGCUGAGCGAAUUGGAGAUGGCCGUGCCGCACAGGAUGUCCGACUUGGCCACCCGACUCACCGGGGACUUUGAGGUGGAGGUUGCCACACACCUCGUACUUGUUGAGCUCCGAACCUUCGUUCAGCACGUCUUCCGCGGUCUCCGCAAUAUCAGCCAGAUGAAGCCGGGCCUGAGGGUGUGAGAUCCGGGUUCUGAUGAGCCUCGCUCACAGCUUGGGUGUCUGGACUUCAUCUGCAGUGCUACCUCAGGGAAGUAAUUAUCGAUAAUCCAUGUUCCGGCGAGAGUCA